UAGAAAUUGUAGGUUAUAUUUGGAUUUAGUUGAGAAAUGUUAAAAAUGCUGUUAUCUACAUAGUAGAAUUUUACCACACAUUACAAUUAAUUUUUACUCAAUAGCUAAUAAAAUGAGUGAGCCUGAAAGCAAAGUAGAUUUUAGUAAACUAGGAAAAGCAAAUUUGGACCUGAUAAAACUGAUUGAAGAAAAAAAUCGGGCUAGAGUGGAGAAGUUGAGGAAAGUUCGUAAAAAUAACUUAAUUACUGCUGGAAUAAUUGGUUGUUGUGUAUUAAGUAUCUACACCUAUUCUAUUUUUGCCAUUAAACAGGAGAAAUUUCUAGACGAUUUUGAAGAACCUCAAAAAAUAAUUGAAGUCAAAAAGUAGUUUAAGAAAAAUGUGUGCUG